GGAAAACACAAAAUGGCGGACGAAGAUGGUGAAGUUGAGGAAAAUAUUGACGGGCUUUCUCAUCCCGAAGUUAUGUCUCUCUUCAGUGAAAAGCUGGCUGAGAUAAUGAGUGAUCCUUUGCUCAUUGGGCUGCCAAGUGAGCCCACUCUUGAUGAAGUGAAUUCUCAGAUUGCUCUGGAACACGGUCGUGCUAUUGUGGUGAAUGUUCGACAACAAGAUGAGAUGAACACUGUUUUACCUGUUGUUGUCAUACAAAAUGCAACUGUGCAUGACUUGAAGAAGGCAAUCCAGAGGCACAUCUCACUGAAACUGUCCAGGGAAGGAGGUCCUAACAUUGUGUCUUGGAAGCAUGUAUGGAAAACCUACUGGUUGUCAUUUCAAGGACAAAAGCUGACAGAGGACCAUCAACCUCUCAAGUACUAUGGCAUUCAAAGUAAAGAUGAGGUUACUUUUGUCAAGAGAUUGAGAAGAAAGUGAAUGGAUAAUUGAUAAUACUGUACAAUUAUUGCAUUAAGCUGUGCAGAUUUUUUUGCCAAGAGAAUCAUGGAAAGGCUGUUAUACUUGACUUACUUUCUGACUAAGAUCAAGGCAGAUGGUAAAGUUGUCCAAAAAGAUCUGGCAUGACUGUGAAUGGUAAAUCUACCACCUUUCAAGUUCCAGUUACCCCUUUACUAAGACUACAUAUGUUUGAAGAUUUGAUCUGUGUAUAGCAGAUGUAAGGUACUGGUAGUAGGGUGGUAGCUCAUAUGGACCUCCCCCCUGGCCGCAUUUCUCGUCAUGCUCUGCUGCAAUGUAUAUGGAGAGUCUUCAGUUCACACUGUUGUUUGAUUGUGAGGAAAGCAGUUUUCAUGGCAAGCACAUGUAAAAUGUAGGCUGAGGCUUAAUUUAUAUCAUCAUGUGCCAUGGAAUCUAAUUCAUUAUAAGGAGUUUUCAAAUCAUUGGCUAAUAAAAAUUGAUUUUUAUUUGA